CAUGGCCACUCACAGCCCCCAACCCACGUCGAAGAAGGUGUGCAUAGUGGGAGCCGGCAUGGCCGGGCUGGCAGCGGUGCGUGAGCUGCGGCGCGAGGGCCACGCCGUGACGGUGCUGGAGCAGAGCCACGACGUCGGCGGCCAGUGGCUGUACGACCCGAGAACCGACGACGCCGACCCGCUCGGCGCCGCGGCGCCGGUGAGGGUGCACAGCAGCAUGUACGACUCGCUCCGGCUGAUGAGCCCCAGGGAGGCGAUGGGCUUCUCGGACUUCCCGUUCGCGUCCAGGGAUGGCGCCGGAGCUGGCUGCGACCCCCGCCGCUUCCCGGGCCACCGCGAGGUGUACUGCUACCUCAAGGACUUCUGCGACGCGUUCGGGCUCGUGGACGCCAUCAGGCUCAACACCAGAGCUGUCCGCAUCGCCUUGGCGCCACCUUGCGACGUCGGGUCGAGUUUGCGGUGGCAAGUGAGGGCCGUGCAGGUAGAGCCGGAGAGCAACAAGGAGGUCUCGUACACGGAGGAGGUGUUCGACGCCGUCGUGGUGGCCACUGGCCACUACUCGCAGCCGAAGCUCCCAAGCAUCGACGGGAUGGAGCAGUGGAGGAGGACGCAGCUGCACAGCCACUCGUACCGGACGCCGGGGCCGUUCUGCGGCGAGACGGUCGUUGUGGUCGGGUGCGGGGAGAGCGGCACGGACAUCGCCGUGGAGCUAACCGGCGUCGCCAGGGAGGUGCACCUCGCCGCUAGGUCAAUGGAGGUGGUGAGCCCGGGCCUGUCCAAGGCAAUCGCCAGGCACGACAACCUGCACCUCCACCUCGGGGUGGAGCGGCUGCGCGAAGACGGAGCCGUGGUCUUCGCGGACGGUUCCAGCGCCGUCGCGGACACCGUCAUCUACUGCACGGGGUACAGCUACUCGUUCCCUUUCCUAGAGACGGAGGGGAGGGUCACCGUGGACGACAACCGCGUGGAUCCGCUGUUCGAGCACGUGUUCCCGGCGUCGCCACUGGCGCCGUCGUUGUCGUUCGUGGGCAUCCCCAUCAGAGUGAUCGCACCGUGGUUCUUUGAGGGCCAAGCAAGGUGGGUUGCGCGGGUCUUGUCCGGCAGGAGCGAGCUGCCGACCGAGGCGGAAAUGGUGCGGUCCGUGGAGGCCCAGCGGCGCGCCAGGGAGGCUGCCGGCGUGCCGAACAAGUUGGCGCAUGACAUCUGCGGCGUCGAGCCUCACUACAUGAGCGAGUUCGGAGAGAGGUGGUGCGGGUUCCCGCGGCUGGAGAGCUGGAAGAUCGAGCUGUUCGCGUCGUCGGUGAAGAACAUGGCGGCCAACUUCGAGACAUUUCGUGACGAAUACGAAGACAGCGACACGGUUCGCGAGGCUCUCAAGGAGUGGCGCCGCUCGUCUGGUGUGGGUGCUCGACAUCCAGAGGAGGAAGAAGACGCUGAUGCAGCAGAAGCCAUGCCCCCCUAGUACAUGAUUUGUGCUACGUAUAAAGCUUACCAACUGAAGCAUGAUGAGCCACAGAGUAAUGUGUGUGGUGCGAUUUCUUUUCGAUGAGCAUGCAUCUAUAGUGUGAUUUG